CAUACACAAUUUUUAUAUAGAAUUUAUUGAAUUUCGAAAAAAAUUGUAAAGAAGUUUGAAUACAUAUUUAGUUUAAACAUUCGCUCAAAAUAAUCUGUUUACCAGUAUUACUAUGUAGUAAUAUUACUUGUUACCAAUUGGACAUUUAUUUAUUACUAAGCCGUGAGUAACUAACUCGACGAUAGAGUAAGAAAUAUUACUAGCGUGGUAAUAAAUUUCCUCUCAGUGGUGAAAAACUGUUAUCAUGACGGUAAUAUUUUUACUCUAUAGAUUAGUUAUGCAUUUACGGUCUGUUAAUAAAUAUCCGAUUGGCUACAAACUUAUAACCGUGGCGAUAUAUCGCCGCGUAAUAAUACUUGUUACCAAUUGGAUAUUCCUUACUUGGCCGUGAAUAACUCGUCUGUCUACAUGUAUAGGAAAAAAUCUUACCAGCGUGGUAGCAAAUUUAUUACCAGUCAAAAAGAAUUGUUCAAAAAGAAAAGUCAAAAAGAAUUGUUCAAAAAGAAAAGUCAAAAAGAAUUGUUCAAAAAGAAAAGUCAAAAAGAAUUUUGAGUGUUCAUUUUUUUCGCCGUUAACUGAAAAUGCUGAAGGAGGACGUUUGUGAAGGAGGAAAUUUAGCGACUUGUUACGAUGACGGUGAUGCAACUGCCAACCUGCCGUGUGGAGUCAUUCCAGAUGUUAUUCCUCACCUCUGCAAAUUUCUUGGGAUCGAAGACAUAAAAGUGUGUCGAUUAGUCUGUAAAUCGUGGAAUUACGGCGCUACACCCGUUUUAAGGGCGAGGGCAGUGAUACAAAUUACACUCUAUUCUAAAAUUUAUGAGAAUUUUGCCUCACGUCAAGAGGUCGAGGGGAGGUGGGUUGAGAUGUGUGAAAGGCUGAAGUUCUGCCCGAUCAAGAUUCGCCUAUGUAACCCAUAUCGAUAUUCCAUUACCAGCAUUCCCCCUAUCGACCUCGAAACUUUCCCACCGGUCAAAAAGCUGAAAUAUAUUAGGACCGACUUACGAAAUGGAAAAGAUUGGCAAACGGAGCAGUGGCAGACGGACUUGUGCCACAAAAUUAUUCUCGAUUCGUCCACUACUUUGGAAAAAUUAUGGUUUAUCUGGGACUCGGAUGAAGAUUUCCCUUCGUUUGGGGGCUACACCUUUGCAAAAUUGAAGAAACUGAGGAUAUUUGAUCGACAGGGGUGUCGAAAUCAAUCCCGUGAAAGAAUUGGUCAAGCUCUUACGGAAGCGUUCCCAGGAUUAGAAAGUCUCCAUAUGAAGGGGAAAAAUUUAUAUGAAAUCUCAAAGAUGAAUAUCUUACCAAAAUUUCCACUAUCACUUACUUCCUUGUGGCUGACGGGAUAUUUCAACACCAAUGGGAUGGAAUGCCUCCUACAAAUCCCUGCACCAUUAAAGAAACUGGUGUUUCAUUUAAUUUCCUUGGAGGGCAAUGACGAUCGAGUUGACGAGUUGGACACAAUUUUUUAUAAAUUGCUACACAAACAUUCCCCCAGUCUGGAAAAGCUUUCCGUGGACAUACGCUGGACUUUAUUCCGAGCAGACUUAGAAUGGAAAGUGCCAACAUUUCCGGCCUUGAAGAGCUUGAAGAUCUUGGGGAGUGAUUUGUUUGAAAAUCUUGAGUUUGAAGUUGGCCCCGGGUCAGGAAAUUUUGGGCGGAUUGAUUACAAAGCGUGUUUCCCUGUCUUGGAAAAACUGCAUGUUUCCAACCGACUCGAUGAUUUUUCCUCCGUGGCUGCAUUUCUGCCGGAGGAUCGAUCCGCCGUCGUGGAGUCGGUGAAAGAUGUGAAUCUAAAUUUUUUGGGAGAUCGUUUCACAAAUGUUGACAUAUUAGCGCAGACUGAGCUUUAUACGCGAUUGUUGGACAUUUUUCCAAAUGCGAGGGAUUCGAUAGGAAUCCUAUCACGGAAAUUGGAAAAUUGAACAGAUCUUCUCCACACAUAUUUAUGUAUGUAUGCAAUUUGUUAUGGAUAGGUAAUAAUUAUUAACACUAAUUAACUCAUUAACUAUGCACAUAAUAAUUUAAUAUAUUUCUGAAUUAAAUUUGACAAACAUGCAACGGUGUCAAUUAUACUUGUCUACUUCUUCCUUUUACAAAUAGAUUAUUACUUCAUAAUAUUUUAACACGUUCAAAUUGUUUAAUUGUAAUCCUUGUUUGUAAAUCGACAUGUAUUGGAACAAUAGGGCUAUACAAUAUUUAUAACACGUGCAUACAUACAUAGAAAUCAAUAAAAUUGCUUUACUAAUGUUCAA